AUGGCGCAGCCCCGCUGCUUCGCGCUGGAGCUCCCGGGCGGCGGCCUGGCGCACUUCGCGGUGGGCGCCGCGGGCUCCGGGGGCGCCGACCCCGACCCCGACCCCGACCCGCGCGCCGCCGCGCUCCUGGGCCCGCCGGGCCGCAGCUACGCGCUGCUGGUGCCGGGGGCGCCGGGCGCGGACCUCGCCGCCCGCGUGCGCGCCGCGCGGCUGCUGCGCCGCCUGCUCCCCGCGCUGCGCCGCGGGCCCCUGGGGCGCUGCGAGCGGCUGCGGCUGCUGGGCUACCGGCCGGGCGGCGGCGGCGGCCUGCAGCGGGGCCUGCUGCUCCGCGACCCCGGCGCCGGCCCCGCCACGCGGCGCGCGCUGCUGGCGCUGCUGGACUCGUGCCUGGAGGCGCCGCGCCCCAGCCUCGGCGAGUUCGGGGGCGAGUUCGGGGGCGCGGGCCUGCGGCUGUGGCAGCGCCCGUGGGAGCUGCGCGGCGGCCGCGAGUGGCGGCAGGCGGAGCCCGAGCGCGUGGUGGCCGCCCCGGAGCCCGCGCUGCACCCGGCGGUGCCCGACCUGCCCCGCGCGGCCGUCUUCCCGCACCGCGAGGCCGCGCGCGCCGUGCUGGAGGCGUGCACACCCUUCCUGCCCGCGGCCGGGGCCGUGCUGGAGCUGGUGGACCGGUGCCCCCGACAGCUGCCCCGAGGCCCCUUCCCCGUCAUCGUGGUGGAGGGCCUGGACGCCACAGGCAAAACCACGGUGACCCGGGCGCUGGCCGACGCCCUCGGGGCCGCGCUGCUGCGGUCGCCGCCCGCCGGCCUCAGCCCGUGGCGCCAGGCCUUCGACGAGGAGCCGGACAUGGUGCGGAGAGCCUUCUACUCGCUGGGCAACUACAUCGCCGCGUCCGAGAUCGCCGCGGCGUCCGCCCGCGCCCCCGUGGUGGUGGACAGGUUCUGGCACAGCACGGCCGCCUACGCCAUCGCCACCGAGGUGAGCGGGGCCGUGCAGCACCUGCCCCCGGCCCGCCACCCCAUCUACCAGUGGCCGAAGGACCUGCUCCGGCCCGACCUGGUGGUGCUGCUCACCGUGAGCCCCGAGGAGCGGAGGGAGCGGAUCCGCGGCCGGGGCCUGGAGAGGACCGCCGAGGAGGAGGAGCUGGAGGCCAGCAGCACCUUCCGGCAGAAGGUGGAGGCCUGCUACGAGCGGAUGGAGGACCCGGGCUGCCACGCGGUGGACGCCAGCCCCUCCCGGGAGCAGGUGCUGCAGGCCGUGCUCGGCCUCGUCCGCGAUCGCUGUCCGCAGCUGCCGUGA